GACGCGGACUGUUCGCGUCUGCCGGGAAAUAGGACGCAUUUUGCACCGUGAUUUAGCGGGACCUGAGACACGGAGGGGGGAAAUUUUGUCCCCCAACUUUUCUGUUUUUCCUCUCAGGCUGAAGCGCGUUUCUCUCCCGCUGGAUGCCGCGCGCGUGACGCGAGAAACAGAUCGUAAAGCUGUUUGAGCUGAAAGAAAGACGUCUAUCAAGAGAAGCAGAUCAGGAUGGCGACGGUGGGGACCGACAUGGAGCUCAAUGACCUGUUGGAUUUCAGUAUUAUGUUCCCUCAUCCAAUGUCAAACGGGAAAAGCAGAGGCCCCAAUAUACCCAGCAGUCAGUUCGGUUUAGAUGACAGAAAUGGCUCCGGCUCCUGGGGUUCAGAAGCAAACAGUCCUUCAUUCGGCGCACGGCUGUAUGGAGACGGCCAUCACUAUCCUGAACAUGACAACAUGUACAACUUAGAGAUUGACGGUAAAUCAGAGCGAGGUUACCCUGUCACACAGCUCCUGCCGGGUGAGAUCAACAUCGCAGCUUCUGAUGCUCUUUCUCCUCCUGGAAUGAAAGGCUCUUCUCAGUUUUACAGUCCGCACCGCCGCAGGCCUGCAGAGUCCAGUAUAGAUCCACUGCCCAAAAAGAGGAAGGUUCCUCACGGCCUGCCGACGUCCAUAUCGGCGUAUCCAGGCUCUACUGGUGACGAUUAUAACCAGGACAGCGCCGGAUACCCCGGAUCCAAACCUGGAAACCUUUAUCCAGGCUUUUUUAAUGUGCAAGAAGGACUUCCAGAUCAUUGGGGUCAGUCUGGAUAUCCUCCGGUCAUGAGCAACUUCAUAAACCCACAGAAGCGUCAGCCGCUGCCGGUGUCUCCGCAGAAUUACCCUCUUCACGGCAGCGAGGUCAAUUUACCCUCCAGCUUCCACUCGGUUCCUGCAGGUUACGGCGUUCCCAACCACACACCACCCAUCAGCUCCAGCGAAGGCAUCAUGGGAAACAGAGGAGCAAACGCUGGCAGCUCCGGUGCAGAGAUCGGGAAAGCUCUGGCUUCGAUAUAUCCAUCAGACAAUAAUGGCAGCAACUUCUCCUCGACGCCGUCCACUCCUGUGGGCUCUCCUUCUAAUGUGGCCGCCUCUGCAUCUCAGUGGCCCAAAGGCUCCUCUCAGCCUGCGCCAUCGCCUGGUUUUGAAGCAGGAUUGGCACAGAGUAAGCUAGAUGACCGUCUGGGUGAAGCACUGCAUGUGUUGAGGAAUCAUGCGGUGGGCACAGAUAUGCAGAGUUUGCUGAGCGCUGCCAUCUCUGGUCAUUCGGCUGGUGCUGCGGCUCUGGGCUCCCUCAGUCAGGCCUUCGGUCUCGCCAACCGUCUGCCGGGCCUGAUGUCAAAUCACAGUGAAGACGCCGCAGGUUUACCGCAGUCCAGUGCUCUUCUGCAGGGACACCACACUUCCCAUCAGCCUCCACCGUCCUCUCAGUCUGACACCUUCACCAGUCUCUCUUUGGCUCGCUCGUCUCACGCCUCCAGCUCAGAUAUAAAGAGAGAAGACAAAGACGACGAUGAGAAUCUGUCUAUCGCAGAUAAAUCAGAGGAUGAGAAGAAAGAUGGAAAAAGCCGCACGAGAACGAGUCAAGACGAGGACGAAGACGAGGAUGAUGAGGAUCUGCCGGUGGAGGUGAAGGCGGAGCGGGAGCGUGAGCGGCGAAUGGCCAAUAACGCCCGCGAGCGUCUGCGUGUGCGCGACAUCAACGAGGCCUUCAAAGAGCUGGGCCGCAUGUGCCAGCUGCACCUGAGCAAUGAGAAACCGCAGACCAAACUGCUGAUCCUGCACCAGGCCGUAAACGUUAUUCUCAACCUGGAGCAGCAAGUGCGAUGGUUUAUAAUAAUAAGCAGCUGCAUUAGAAAUACACACACACACACACACACACACACACAUAUAU